AGUGCCUUCAAUCUCUAUAUUACAGUAGAUCUGAAGCAAACUUGCGUAUCUGACAGCAUCUAGUGAUGGCCUAUGAGUGCCCUUCUUGCAGUAAGAAAUGAGUAUUCGGAUGUUGUUCGGACAAGACACGAUGAUUGGUUACUGCAAUAUUUUUAUUGCCACGCCCAUAUAAAAUAUGAAUAUUUUCACCUGGGCCUUUGUGCUAUAAUAAUAAAAAGAGCUCGUAGGUCAUUAUUUUCUGGCCUAUGACUAUAUGAGUGCCUUUCUUGCAGUAAGAAUUUUUAAUAUCUUGAGUGCUCAGCUGCUGUUCGGACAAUACAAGAUGAUUGGUUACUGCAAUGAUUUUAUUGCCACGCCCAUAGAAAAUAUGAUUAUUUUCAGCUGGGCCUUUCUGCUAUAAUAAUCAAAAGAGCUGUCUUCGUAGGUCAUUAUUGUCGAUUCUAUUGAUCAGUACGUCGUUUGUUCUCUGUAAUUUCUGCUUCGGCUAUAGCAAAGAGGAAGAAAAUCACAUCGGAAAUGGCUGCAACAGCAAGAAAAGUGAUUUUCUGUUGCUUCCUAGUGGCUGCAUCGAUUGGAGCUUCUCGUGCGAUUUUGGGAAGGGCAUGUGAAGGAGGAACCCUUUCUCUGGAGUGUCCUAACGGAUUCCUCAUCCGUAUCAACCAUGCAAAUUAUGGUCGUACUGCCGGCGCAGGUAUCUGCCCUCAUAGCCAUAUCCAGACAACAUCAUGCUUCGCCGGCUCUUCACUCAGUAUCGUUAACACCAACUGUGAUGGAAGAUCAUCAUGCAGUGUCUCAGCUACCAAUGGCGUAUUCGGCGACCCCUGUGUUGGUACCUACAAGUACCUCGAGGUAGACUACUCCUGCCACCGUGAUCCCGACUGUACAAGAGAACGCACAUGUGAAGGAGGUUCCAUUAACCUGCACUGCCCUGCAGAGACCCCGGCUAUUCACAUCUGCAGUGCCCUGUACGGCCGACAACUUCCCGGAUUAUCUGUGUGCCCCGAUCCUAGGAUCCAAACCAUCAACUGCGCCGCUUCCAGCUCCUUGUCUAGAGUUCGAUCAUUCUGUCAAGGCCGAUCUUCCUGUUCCGUCGCUGCUUCUAAUAAUGUCUUUGGUGACCCUUGCGGCGGAACUUACAAGUACCUGGAAAUCGAAUACGAAUGUGCACGACUUGGUCGAAUGUGUGAAGGAGGUACCCUAUCCCUCAGCUGUUCAUCUGGACAGGCCAUCUUAGUCUUGGAUGCGUUCUACGGACGCAUGGCAGGUCCAGAAAUCUGUCCCGAUCCCCGGGUGUCCAAUCAAAAUUGUCGAGCGGCGAGCAGUGUCAGCAUCGUCGAAACCGCAUGCAAUGGCCAAACAUCAUGUUCCGUGGGUGCAAGGAACAGCGUCUUCGGAGAUCCUUGCGUGGGGACUUACAAGUAUCUCGAAGUUCUCUACCAAUGUGUCUGAAUAUCUCGAUAUCAGGACACGAUGGCUAGACUCACAAACAACUCUUCUGGAGAGAAAAAUUCUUGUCUUUUAUUCGACUAAUAUCUUGCUUCUGGUGUACGGUUAAUAGCGAGUUUUCGCAGAAUACUUUCAAGAACAUAGAAAAUGUAUUGAAAAUGCCGGUCAAAUAACAAUAAGCAACUGGGUGGUCUUUGUCGAAAAUUGGUGAACUGGAACAGCAUUUCGUCUUUCGCUCAUUUAGUCCAGGACGAAACUGCUGAUCUGAUUUACCAAUUUUCGACAAAGACUUCUUUUUUGCCCUUUGUCAUGAAGGGAAAUUGACAAUACAUUUUUGGGUUUUUGAAAAUGUUCUACGUAGUGGUGGGAGAUGCACAAUUUUUUUACCAACACAUUUAAUCAAUGUGCAUUAUGAUCAUUUAGACAUGGUUUGCCAUUAAAUUUAAGAAUUAUAAAAUCACUGGAGACCUUCAAAUCCAAACUGAAAACUUAUCUUUUCUAACAGUAUUAGUUGUUGGCACUUUGACACUCAUCCAAACUUUCUCAUUCUUUCUUUUCUUGUGCGCCUCGGAAUAGAAUAUUUCUAGAUAGAUGGCGCUAUAUAAAUGCCUAUUAUUAUCAUUAUUAUUGUUUGUAUCAUGUAGUUGUCAAUAUCUGUCCUGAUGUAGCUGGAGAAGUGAUUAUUGAUUGUCGUAACCGACUUCAUUCAUUUUUAAUCAUACUUUUUAAAAUUAAGGUUAGAAAUCAAAUAAAUCAAAUUAAGCUAAUUAAGCGAAUAAUUGAAUAAUUUCUACUUGGUAAUUUUGGUUAGUUAUUGGCUUUAUUUUUGCUGAGGCAUUUUCUUAAGAGGAUUUUUCAUGGUAAGCGGUAUCUAAGUUGCAUAAUAAAAUAAUGAUAAUUACUUCUAAGCACCUUUUCAAAUGUUAGAAAGCGCAUUGGUAGUGCUUAAAUUCCACACCAUUUUCAUAGCUAUUAAAACGUCUAUCCCAUGAUGAUAAGUACAACAUAAUACAUGUCAGCGAAAAACCUACGAACUUUGUAAUUUCUCUGUUCUUAUAACAUACAAUUUCAUAAUUAAAUUUCUGGGUAAUGGAAAUAAAAUGAUUAUCAAGAAA